GAACAUUUCAAACAUACAACUGUCAUGACAUUUAAAAACACCAAUAUUUCUAGUCAACAGUCCAGUUGUUUGGUAGAUGAUUGAUCACAUUUGUACAUUAAUAUGAUAACAACGGCUUUGAUGUCACGCAAUGCCGGCGCGAGGGUCAUAGGUGGUGUGACGUCACAACUUGUGAGGCAGGUUGCUGAUGACGUACCUACCGAAGCGUACGCCAUGGCGGCGUCCGUGGAGAAUUUUCUGUCCUGUAGUAUCUGUUUCGGGCGGUUUGAGAGGCCCAAGUCAUUGCCCUGUCAGCACACGUUCUGUGAGAAGUGUCUGGAGAGCCAGGUUCGUCCCCGGCAGCCCUUCCGGUGUCCGAACUGCCAGCGGCCGGUCCAGCUUCCCCCUGAAGGCGUGGUGGGACUACCAGACAACGAGCUGGUAGAGAAUCUGUAUCAACAAAUCACCAGCAGCGCUUCCUUGUCGGUGACUGCAAUACGGGCGUCUAAAGCCGAGAAGACGUGCUUCUACCACCCCCUAGAAGACCUGAAGUUGUUCUGUCAGCAGUGCCAUGUGCCCGUGUGCACAGAAUGUUUGGAUGAGACCCACACGGGGCACAGCGCGAUCACAAUCAAGCGGGCUUCGGAACAGAGAAAGGCGACGGUCCGGGCGUUAGUCGCGGAUGGCAGAAGAGCAGUAGAAGGCUACUACACCUUCCUGAGUGAACUGAGAAACAUUGAGAAGAUUCUGGACAAAAACAAACGCGUAGCGACGCAAGGCGUCACGGACGUUUACGACGACGUCGUGCGGAAGGCGGCGCUGAGAAAGGAAAUCCUGCUCUCUGAGAUCGAAGAAAACCAUCGACACAACCUGGACUCCAUUGAAGGGCACAGAACAACGGUGCUCAGUCAGGUGGACGAAAUAUCAACAGCUUGCAACAAGGUGGAACAAGCGUCCAUAUACGAGGAAGAGGACAGCUUUGACGACGAAAAACGUCUUCAGUCGCUGAUCGCUAAGAAAGAUAAGGUUGUGAUGGCACCGCUGAAGUUGGAAACCGUCGAGUUCGAACAAGCAGAAGACGAGAAGACUUUGCUGAAUUUGGGUGAACUACAGCUUCAGCCGAUCCCUUCAUCAGGGAGACGUGCAAAGAGAAAAUCAUCGUCGUCAAGCGUUAGUAACGACAAACGGUCGCCGAAGCAGCCGCAAAUGGGAGUGGGGAUGGUCAGGAGGGACUCUGCCAAGAAGGAAACCAAAAAAGUGGCCUUGAAAAGCAAAAAUUCUUUGGACGAUGAUGUCUUUAAAGUGAAAGACGUCAUAAUCACCGAGAAGUCACACGACAAAACACAAGCAAAAGUAGAAGUAGAAGAAGACAGUGGCAAAGCGACAAAAUACGACAAAAGUACUAAACCUGCUACAAGUGGUAAGAGCAAGACUGGUGACGACGUGAAGCGAGGAGAACACAACGUCGUCAAAACAGCAGGGGCUGGCGAACCGGUCCGAACAGGGGCCAUAAGGAACGGCAAAACAGAAGAAAAGACUGAAAAUAAAGAUGUUGACUGGGAAGAACAUGACGACGAACGAAUGGGACCGGAAACUCUUCAGAGGAAACUAAGCAUAGCCAAACGAAUCAGGAUUCAUAAUGGCUUCAUCAAACAACAGCAUCCAGGCUCCGAGGAAAAGGAGCCUUCUCAAGUUCAAAACGUCAAAAGGGAAGACAACCACGCAGUAAAAAAUGCCGACAAAGAAGAAAACCACGCAGUAAAAAAUGUCAAAAAGGAGGAAAACCACGCCGUACAAAAUCUCAAAAAGAAAGAACCCCCCUCAGUAAAAAAUGUCAAAAAAGACGAAAACCACGCCGUACAAAAUGUCAACGCUGAAGAAAAUCAUCAAGCUGAUAAUAAGCGCCACUCUUCUGCGUCCGUGGCAAGCUCGGGCUCCGGUGAAGAGGGUUCUAAAGACGGUAUGGUGAGGAAGAUACUGGGCGGUUACCAAGAAUCCGGAACGCUUGGCGGCAGGGGCUCAGGGUUCGGUAAGUUCGUGGAUCCCGGGGGUGUGGCCGUGUCAGACAAGGAGCUGUACGUCGCAGACUACGGGAAGGAUCAAAUCCUGGUGUUCGAUCUGCAAGGAAACUACCAGCGGUGCUUCAGGACGACUCUGCCUGGAUCCGACUGCAACGUCAUGAAGCCACACGACGUUGCACUUGACCGUGAUGGCCACCUGUGGGUAUCCGGGCACGAGGAGGACGACAUCGCCGUGCAGUAUUCCGUGGACGGGAACUUCCGACACAAGAUUCGCCUGCCUCAUGCCACCAUUGCGCGUGGCAUUGCGGUGAACAUGGACAAGAACUACGUCCUGGUGACCGAGACUAACGGCACGAGCGGGGUUGUGCGGGUGCUGCGGUCUGACGGCUCACUCUUGCGGACUGUAGGAGGACAGCAGGACAUGAAAGUUCCGCGGUACCUGGCUGUGGACAGAGAUGGGAACAUCCUUGUCUCCGACAGCGCAGCUCGCGGCAUCUUUGCGUACGACGAGGACGGAAACUUCAGGUUCAAGUUUGGCGGGGAUGGUAGCGGGGAAGGGCAGCUUAGGGGACAUCGUGGGAUAGCUACGGACAACUCUGGCAAUAUCAUCGUGGCAGACUGCGAGAACCAUCGCGUGGAGAAGUUCAACUGUGACGGACAGUUCGCCGGUCACCUCGCCACGGGUGUCCAGGAGCCCUGGGCAGUGGCCGUGGGACCGGCCGGACAUAUCGUACUGACGGACAGGCAUUCUCACACUGUCACCAUCGCACAAGCCGCCGUCAGAGGGCGAAAGGAGAGCUAUAUCUAAUGGAUUGUUAAACCAAGGUUACAUAGAACCCUAUAUAUAACCUCAUUGGUUAAACUGAAUGAAAUAUAA